CUCCGACGACCCUCCACCUCAGCGGAGGAGGCGGAGGAGGCGCUGGCCGAGGUGAUCGUCGACAGCUCGCCCUGCAGCGCCACCUGCGGGCUGGGGGUGAAAACACAGACGCUGUGUUUCCUGAAGGGAGGCACAGUGUCCAAGGUGUGCAGGGAGCGAAAGGCAAAAUGUCUGGAGUCGUGGCAAUGUGGACUCAGGACGGUUACCGUGACGACGGGGCAGCGGCUGGUGCUGGACUGCGUGGGCGAAGUGAUGGAGGCGAUGGGGAGGUACUCCUGGAGGGUGUCGUGGCGUUACGCCCGGGGGGUGAUCAGCUCCGAUGACGCCCUGUUUGCCCGCUGGGAGGCUCCCCUGCUGGACCGAGUGGUGCUGGACCCGGUCAGGGAGGACGACGCAGGCACGUACCGCUGUGAGGUGCAGGACGCCGCCCUCCGCAGGGUGAAGAGGGCGUACUGGGGCGUCCGGGUUCUGCCCCAGGACGUCCUGAACCUGCACUACGACAGCUCCCUGGCCCGGUGGCAGUGGGCUGACGGCUUCCAGAACCGGACCGCAGCGACGGACCUCCUCAGCGACCUGCACAUCACGGUGAUCAGCUUCAGCCUCACAGGCCUGGUGGUCGGGUCGCUCCUGCUGCUCCUGUGCUGCUGGGCGAUGAGGAGGCCGAGGCCGAGGAGAUGAAGGACAGAGUCAC